CCUUCUACAUAACUCACCUCUCUCUCUAACUCCGUUUAAGUUUGCCAUCAGAAAGUACUAAAUAAAAAUAAUGUCAGGUUUUGACGGUGUUGAAAAUCAAAUCAACCGUCCAGAUUCAACAGCUGGUCUCCCUCAAGUUCCUCGUGAGCCCCCAAUCACCCUCAAGUUUGUCGAUGUAUGUUACCGAGUGAAACUCCAUGUUGACUCAAGUAAGAUCAAGAAGUUACUGGGACUAGAUCACAAACCGUCCGAUGAGACUAGAACGACGGAGAGGACGAUACUUAGUGGAGUCACCGGAAUGGUGUCACCCGGCGAGUUUAUGGCCGUUCUUGGACCAUCGGGAAGCGGUAAAUCAACGUUGCUUAACGCCGUCGCAGGGAGACUCCAUGGACCAGGCCUCACCGGAAAUAUACUAGCCAACAACGCUAAACCAACGAAGCAAACGUUAAAACGUACCGGGUUCGUGGCCCAGGACGAUCUACUCUACCCUCACUUAACCGUACGGGAAACCCUAAUUUUCGUGGCCUUGCUCCGUCUCCCUCGUUGUCUAACCAGAGACGAUAAAAUAAAAGCGGCCGAGUCGGUGAUAUCGGAGCUAGGGCUCGAGAAAUGCGAAAACACAGUCGUGGGGAACACUUUCAUUAGAGGGAUCUCGGGUGGUGAGAGGAAACGUGUGAGCUUAGCUCACGAGCUACUCAUCAACCCGAGCCUUCUGGUUCUUGACGAGCCCACGUCCGGGCUUGACGCGACGGCAGCUCUUCGGCUGGUACAGACGCUAGCCGGGAUGGCUCAUGGGAAAGGAAAGACGGUGGUGACGUCUAUCCACCAGCCGUCGAGCCGUGCGUUUCAGAUGUUUGAUACUGUGCUGCUUUUGAGUGAAGGGAGGUGUUUGUUCUACGGUAAAGGACGUGACACCAUGGCGUACUUCGACUCCGUCGGAUUCUCGCCAGCGUUUCCGAUGAAUCCGGCUGACUUCCUUCUCGACCUUGCUAACGGUGUUUGUCAGAUUGACGGUGCAACGGAACGGGAAAAACCAAACGUGAGACAAACGUUGGCAGGUGCCUACGACACAUUGCUAGCCCCAAACGUUAAAACCUACAUGGAAGCGACACCUUCUCGAGAGAACGUGCGUUUUGUGAAAACGGAGACAAACGCUCGUGGAAUAGUGUCUGGCUUCACAACAUGGUUCAGCCAGCUUUGCAUUCUCCUCCACAGGCUCAUAAAAGAACGACGCCAUGAAUCCUUCGACGCACUUCGCGUUUUCCAAGUCGUCGCGGCUUCACUACUGGCGGGUCUCAUGUGGUGGCAUUCCGAUUUUCGAGACGUCCAUGACCGAUUAGGUCUACUCUUCUUCAUAUCCAUUUUCUGGGGGGUACUUCCGUCAUUUAACGCGGUUUUCACGUUUCCACAAGAGCGAGCGAUUUUCACUCGAGAACGUGCGUCUGGUAUGUACACACUCUCAUCUUACUUCAUGGCUCACGUCAUCGGAUCACUCUCCAUGGAACUGGUUCUUCCGGCAGCGUUCUUGACACUAACUUACUGGAUGGUCGGUCUACGCCCAGGGCUAGUCCCUUUCCUCCUCACACUUUCUGUAUUAUUGCUAUACGUUUUAGCUUCCCAGGGACUCGGACUUGCACUAGGUGCAGCGCUCAUGGAUGCUAAAAAAGCGUCCACGAUCGUGACGGUGACCAUGCUAGCGUUUGUUCUAACCGGCGGUUUCUACGUGAACAAAGUGCCAUCUGGAAUGGUGUGGAUGAAAUAUGUUUCCACGACGUUUUAUUGUUACCGUCUAAUGAUCGCAAUCCAGUAUGGAAAUGGUGAAGAGAUAUUGGGGAUGUUUGGAUGCGAGUUAAAGAGAACGGAAGGAGCGGCUAGGACUGAUGGGUGCCGAUUUAUGGAGGAGGAAGUGGUCGGAGAUAUUGAACUGUGGACCAGCGUUACCGUUUUGUUUUUCAUGUUUGUUGGUUAUAGAAUGUUAGCGUACUUGGCUUUAAGGCGUAUAAAACUUUAAAAUAAGCUGAGAGGGAAAAUGUUAAAUAAACAAAUGACUAGGGGGUUUAGUUUGUUCGAUUUUCCGGUGUUUUUUUUUUGUUUUUAAAUGUGAAACUAAAAUGACAAAAAGGCUUUUAGUUGAUUACAAUGAAAUGUAUAUUUCCAUCUAUUACAUUUCA